AGAUGAGAUGACAAAGCUGCAGGUGUUUGGCACGUGGCACAAGAUUCCCAGGAAGAAGGUGACCUAUGGAGACCCUGGCCUGUCCUACACUUACUCAGGGGUCACGUUCCACCCCAAGCCCUGGAUCCCGGUGCUGACCCGGAUCCGGAAGCGCGUCACCUCGGAGACGGGACACAUCUUCAACUUGGUCCUCAUCAACAGGGAUCCCUUCCUGACUGCCUGAAAGCCACCACCUCCCACACCCACAGGGAAUCCUGCUGGAAACGAGGGAAUUCUGUCCAGUCCCCAAGAGAUCUUGAACCAUCAAGGAAUGGAAACUUCUGGGUGAGAAUGGGAACCAAAUCCUGAGUAACCUGGCUACAGCUUCUGGAAUUAGUGCUGGGCUCUGGCCUUCAGUGCUGGAUCCAUUAUUCCUGUGGAAUUAAGGCCUGGUACUUCCCACCCUCUGCCACUCUUGAGAUGCUCUGUGGAGCUUGGAAAUCUUUCUUAUCCAAGCUUUGUGAAGUGUUGUUCCAACCCCUCUGGCUCCCAGCUUGGUGUUUGUUUCAAGACAUUCCCACACUUGAUUUUUCUACCAAGUUUGUUCUUUUAUUGCUACUGUACAAUUACAAAAAUACCCUGAAGUGGAAAAAAAGCAACUUCAAACAGCAGUGCAGUGCUUGGACUGGAACAGACAUUUUUAAAUUAACACACAAAAUAAAGACAAGAAUAAUCCAAACGCAGAAAUGUCAUCUUGGAGCUCUUCAUUCUUUACAAUUUAUUAACAUCUUCUCCACCAUGGCAGCUUGGGAGGGACGAGUACCAAAGUUUGAGCCUUGUGGAUACACAGAGCCCUCCCAGAGGGGAGGUUUGGCUGGAAAACAGAUCCCAGUGACCUCCAGAGGGGAGAUUUAGCUGGAAAACACAGAAUUCUGUGACCUCUGGAAAGACAGAUCCCAGUGCUCUCCAAAGGGGAGGCUGGGCUGGCAAACACAGAGCCCUGCAAAGGGGAGGGCUGGUUCCCAAACACCUGCACAAAUUCCAGUGAUCUCCAUUGGAAAACAGAUCCCAGUGCCCUCCAGAGGGGAGAAUGAGCUCCCAAAGCCUGCAGGGACCCCCAGCUCACAGGGGGCUGGCAGGAUCUGGCACAGCUCAGGGCCACGACUGAGGUGCUGGGCUUUGCUCCCAUCCUCACCUGAGGGUUAAGCCAAGCUCAUUUACUCCUCCCCACCAAGCAAAGCCAAAAAAAAAGGCUCAACCCUCCCCUUGAUAGCCCUUGAGGGAGAUCCAGAGUCAAUCCACAGCUCUUGGCAAAGAAAACCUGCUGGUCCCAGCUGCCAGAUUUCAGGUUUCAGUCCAUAGUGUGCGUGUUCUCUGCCCCUCCUCCAGCACAACCUCAGCUGAACCCCUAAAUCCAGGAAAAACCCCCCCAAAUCCAAGAAAAAACCCCCCAAAUUCAGGAAAACCCCCCCCAAGCAGAGCAUUGAGCCUGGAGAAUGCAGGACAGCCACUGCUGGCACUGGAAAUGGUUUCAGUUCUGGGGUGCAGGGGCAGAUCUGCUGCAGGGAGAUGUUGGGGUGAUGGUUUUGGAUGGCUCCCAGUAGGGAGGGCUGGCUCCUUCUGCAGCUCUGUCAGCUCUCCCUUCAUUGGCCAGAGCAAAUUUUUGGCAUUUUGCAUCCUUUUUGUUUGUUUUCUUGGUUUUCUGUAAAUUAAAGCAGGUUAAACACCAAGCUACUGCUCGUGCAGCACAGCCAGGAACCAGGUCCCAGUCCAGCAGUGGAUUUAUCAAUAUUUAUGUACUAUGAGCAUUUACCUGGGCCAGGAAUUGUGCUCCAGACUCUGGAAUGAUGAGUUAUGUAAAUAAUUUUGCAUAUCCACCUAUUUUACCACUCAUGCUUUGGCUGGUUUGGAGCCUCUCCUGAGGAAGUGGGAACACCCCCGAGCUUUGGGCAGCACUAUGAAUUCAUGAGGUACAAAGUUGCCCUAAAAAAACUAUUUAAGACAGUUGUUAUUUCAAAACUUCACACUGAAAAAAAAAAAAAAA